GGUUUUUUACGUCUUCAUGAGAAUGCUUCCAGUGUUAAAGGAGGAGAUCAUAAACUUCAAGAAGACUCUAUCUUAUGUGUGCGAUAUGAGCUUCCAAACGAUGGUCCAAAUGUGCCUCGUUUACUUGCUGGUGUAGAGUUUCCCGUCAAGACAAUCACUGAAGACGAUCUUAUGGAGACAAAACUAUGGCACGAAUAUCAGGGAAGCACAUCCAGCUCCAGCAGUCACCUUGUUCAGGAAAGGUUUAGCAAACCAGAUAACGUGGGAAAUCGAGGCUUCCGGAACAAUGCUAGAUUCACUUCUAGCUCUCCGAAUAUGAUACACAAAUUUUCUGGCACUGGAUGGGGUUGUGGUAGAGGGAAAGCAAUUGCAAGUCCUGAUUUUGGAGACCGAUUUCAUGCUCCAGGAAGAAUACCUUGUGAAAGAGUAAUGUCAUCUAGCUCAUAUUCAGUGAACGGUGCGGUAGCAUACAAAAAAGCCUCUCUUAAUGAGACACCUGUUUGUAAUGAAAAGUGGAGAGUUGCUGGUUCUGGUUCAGGAGAUCAAAUACGAACCCUUAGGGAUUUGAAAAUAUCGAAGUCGUCAUCAAGCCAGGGCUGGAGGCCUAAUGGAAGAGUUCAGUCAGCAAACAAUGUUUUCUGGCCAUCUAGAAAUGGCUUCACACCUGACACAGACUAUGCUUGGCAACAUGGUCAGUGCCGCGGUAGAGGCCAUCAGGACUCCUCGAAGCAUCAUUCACCUUUUGUUGCUAACCGUUCAUCCCAAGCCAGUGGGAGUACGCACUUUGUUCCACGUAGUUGGGAUACUGAAGGUAAGCCCCGCUGGUAG